AUGGCAGUAAUACUUCGACGAAUAUGUUUCAAAUAUACAAAAUGUCUAGUGUUGUCUGUUUUGAUAGCUUUUUUCAUACAGAUUCUAAUUGCAUUAAGUUUUAUUCCAUCGAUUAAUGACAAUUUGUUGAAAAGAAAUGGCUACGUAUCAUUUUCACGCCAGGACGUGGGUGAAGUAUCAGCUAGAAAAAAUUAUUAUGGUUAUAGUGAUGACGAAGAUUUUCCUGUUAACAAUAAACUAUCAAAACCAGGAACACUUCUCCGCCUAGAAGAACUUGACUUUAAACCUAUAUGUGAAAUAAAGAGCAGAGAAGCAAUAUCUGCUAUUCAUCGGGCAAAAACACAAAAUUGUAAACAACAAAUAGUGAAUAUAACAUGUCUCAUUCAAGGAAGUAAUUUUUAUCCUAAAACAUUACCAAAUAAUUGUCCUCACGAGGGAAAGACAUAUGGCAAAUAUUUGGGUUGUUAUGUAGAUGAAAAGAAGAUGAGAUUGCUCUCAGGUUUUUAUGGCAAUUAUGCAAGUACUAACUCACAUGAGAAUUGUUUGUACAUUUGUGUUCAAGCUGGUUUCCCUUAUGCAGGUGUACAAUAUGGAUCAGAAUGCUUUUGUGGUGACACGGCACCACCAAUCUCUGCAAAGCUUGCUGAUGAUUUAUGUGAUAUGAAAUGUCCAGCAAAUCCAUCCAAAAUGUGUGGAGGCUAUUUUACUAUGAAUAUUUUUGAGACUGGACUUACAAAAUUUUUAUCUAGAGUACCAGAAUCCAUAAAUGUUAAUGGAGAAUCGGUUAAAAUUGUUUUUCUUUUAACAUUAAACGGACGAGCAUUGCGACAAGUACAUAGACUGAUAAACUCUCUUUACAGAACGAAUCACUACUUUUAUAUACACAUUGACAAGCGGCAAGAUUACUUGCAUAGAAAAUUAAUUGUAUUGGAAAAGAAAUUUACUAAUAUUAGGUUAGCCAAGAAACGAUUCUCUACUAUAUGGGGUGGCGCCUCGUUACUGAAAAUGCUCCUGGAAUCAAUGAAAGAUUUUAUUGAGUUAAACUGGAAGUGGGACUUUGUAAUUAACUUGAGCGAAAGUGAUUUUCCCAUAAAAUCAUUGGAAGAUUUAGAAAAAUUCCUCGCUGCUAAUAAGGGUCUAAAUUUUGUCAAGUCCCACGGUCGUGAAGUGCAACGAUUUAUAAAAAAACAAGGAUUAGAUAAGACUUUCAUUGAAUGCGAAACGCAUAUGUGGCGAGUAGGCGAACGAAAACUGCCGAGCGGCAUAGUUAUUGAUGGUGGCAGUGAUUGGAUUGCAUUAUCGCCGCCAUUUGUGUCAUAUGUGGUUGGAAAAAAAGAUGAACUUUUAUCGGGAUUGAGUAUAAUAUUUAAACAUACGCUUUUACCGGCGGAAUCAUUCUUUCAUACAGUUUUAAGAAACUCUCAUUUUUGUAAUACAUAUGUCGACAACAACCUUCAUGUGACCAAUUGGAAAAGAAAGUUGGGUUGUAAGUGUCAAUACAAACAUGUAGUUGAUUGGUGUGGUUGUUCUCCCAAUGACUUUAGAACAGAAGAUUGGCCUCGGAUACAAAAUACUCAAGACCGGCAACUAUUCUUUGCCCGAAAAUUCGAACCAAUAAUCAAUCAAGAAAUCAUAAACAGAGUUGAACAAUUUAUAGGAUACAAUGACCACUAUUUACUUAAUAAUUUAGAAGGUUAUUGGCAAAGCCUUUAUAAUGUUGAUGAUUUAACUGCAAGCAGUGACGAUACACUUUUGACGCACGCCGAGAGCAUCGCUCGUCACAAUGCAAAAAUUCUGACAGCAGAAGAUUGCGUCAUUGAUCCUGAUGUAAUAGUCGAGAUAAAUUCAUACACUCAUGCUGAUAUUUACAAGGGAAAUUUGAUACUACAUAAGGCAUUAAUAAAACCAAAUCAUGUAAUAAUGUUAGAAACAUGGUAUAAACCCAAAAAGCAUCUGGAAUUAAACUUUGAAAAUCGUUAUGCUGAUUACAUUAAGGUAUUUAAAGUUAGUUCAGACUAUGACCAAAAAGAAAUGACUUUUAGAAAUCUUGCAAAUAUUUUAGGUCCAUUUUCUGAACUUAAUUUACUUUAUCAGUUUUUCCCCAGUGCUGAUAAAAAUAUUGAAAAUCUUACCACCAUUUGGUUGGAUCCUACGGGCGUCAUUGCCGAUAUCAACACCAUAUUCGUAGAUGAAAAUAAUCUCACUAGUUUUAUAAAACCCAACAUAAAAACACCCCUUUUACCUGGGAUAUGGAAAAUAGGCUUAUUUGAUCAAAAACAAAUAAUAGCUUCUUCGAAAUUUUUAGUUUCACCAUUAGCAUAUUUGUCGGGUAAAGAACUUUCACAUCAGGAAGCAAGUAUUAUUCAUAGUGGUUCUCAAAAUUCAUACAAAAAUUUCUCACGCAUAAAACAAAUUGACUUUUUACCAGAUCAGGAAGAGCGAUUAUUGCUUCAAAAAGUUUCACAUUCAAAUGUUAAAAGAACAGACGAUGAUUUAAAAGACUGGAUAGAUGCUUUAAGUAAAGAAUUUUAUAAUGUUUUAAGUUCUUGUAUAGUAUCUGACAGCAUAUUAAAGGAAAAAAUAGUCUGUGGAAGACAUAUAUUUGAAUAUUGUGAAUCAACUUCUUGGAGUUCUGUAUCACCAGAUCCUAAAGGAACAAUAGGCAAACUGAACCAAAUAACUGGACGUUUAGAAAGAGUAUGACGUCAAAUUACAUUUGGACUAAAAGAAAUCACUUAUAUGGCGUUAUUCGGUGAGUUAGUAAAAGAAAUACACCAAAUGUAUAUACAUGUAAGAAAGAAAUAUAUAAAUACAAUUGUUAUAAGUUAA